GCUAAGCCCCGAGCUCGCUUUGCCACCGGUUAGCGCAGCGUAGGGCCCGAGGAGAAGUGCUAGGGGACGCCUACCCGAGAGAGACGCAGCCAUAUGCCAGCAACUCCGGGCAACCGCCUCCCGCUCACCUGCGGCUCCCCACCCCGAGGAGCAAACGCGGCUGGCCCGGCCCGGAUCGCUUUGCACAGGGAGAGCGGCCCGAGUCGCUGUGGGGGCAGGAGGGCUCUGGGAGCGAGGAGGAGGGCAAAGCCCCGCCGAAGAGCAGCCGGGGGGCUGCAGCGGUGGCUGCCGGCCCAGGGGAGGAAUCGGCCUUUUCUCCAGGGCUCCCCGGGUGCGUCUGCCGGCAGGAACCAGGGAUUCCCCCUUUGCGGCUACUUUGCAACUGUCCCCCCGCCGGCCAGCCGGGCUGACCCCCCUCCCGGUCCCUCACCAUGUUAGACGGGUUGAAAAUGGAAGAGAAUUUGCAGAACUCGCUGGAGACCUCGGCCCCGUUCUCCUCCUUGCUGGGCAGAGCCGUGAGCCCCAAGGCGGUGUGCGAGGGCUGCCAGAGGGUGAUCUCGGACCGGUUUCUGCUGCGGCUCAAUGACAGCCUGUGGCACGAGCAGUGCGUGCGGUGCGCCUCGUGCAAGGAGCCCCUGGAGACCACCUGCUUCUACCGCGACAGGAAGCUCUACUGCAAGCUCGACUAUGAGAAGCUGUUUGCCGUGAAGUGCGGUGGCUGCUUUGAAGGCAUCGCGCCCAGUGAGUUCGUCAUGAGGGCCCAGAAGAGCGUUUACCACCUGAGCUGCUUCUGCUGCUGCGUCUGUGAGAGGCAGCUGCAGAAGGGCGACGAGUUCGUGCUGAAGGAAGGCCAGCUGCUGUGUAAGAGUGACUACGAGAAGGAGCGGGAGCUGCUCAGCCUGGUGAGCCCGGCUUUGUCAGAUUCCGGUAAAAGUGAUGAUGAAGAGAGUCUAUGCAAAAUAGGCCACGGUCCCGGGAAAGGUGCCGAGGACAGCAAGGAUCACAAGCGUCCCAAGAGACCCAGGACAAUCCUGACAACACAGCAGCGGAGGGCGUUCAAAGCAUCAUUUGAGGUCUCCUCCAAGCCAUGCAGGAAGGUCAGAGAGACGCUGGCGGCCGAGACGGGGCUGAGUGUGCGAGUCGUGCAGGUUUGGUUCCAGAAUCAAAGAGCGAAGAUGAAGAAACUCGCGAGGAGGCAGCAGCAGCAGCAGCAAGAUCAGCAAAACACCCAGCGGCUAAGUUCAGCUCAGACAAACAGUGGUGGGAAUGCUGGCCUGGAGGGGAUCAUGAACCCAUACACCACGCUGGCCCCACCACAACAGUUGCUGGCUAUUGAGCAGGGCGUCUAUAGCUCGGACCCCUUCCGGCAAGGGCUGACCCCACCCCAGAUGCCAGGAGACCACAUGCACCCCUAUGGUGCUGAGCCCCUUUUCCAUGACCUGGAUAGUGACGAUACCUCACUUAGCAACCUGGGCGACUGUUUCCUAGCGACUUCAGAAGCUGGACCACUGCAGUCAAGGAUGGGAAACCCUAUCGACCAUCUGUACUCCAUGCAGAACUCCUAUUUCACUUCUUGAGCCUUGUCUGUGUCACCUGGCCAGGCACAGGUGCCUAUGACAUUACAGGUUAAAUUCACUUCAGAUAUGGCGGGCAAGGGGUUUGUGUUACUGGAAUGCUGUCAAACAAUAUUUUGUAGCUCAGUAUUUCCAAAGACUGAAUAAGUUAUGGAUUGCAUAGUGUCAUGUUUUUAUUAGAAUCCUACUAUUAGAUACCAAGUGUUUAUUAGAGCUGGGCUGCAUUUUUCAACUUGAAAUUUUAACAAUGGGGGAAAAAAACAGGUUAAACAUUUCUAUGAAAUUUGGACAUUCCCCAUCUCCUGUUUACCCCCCUGUCUGGCUAUGGAAAGGAUUUAAAAAUUAUUCAUGUAUUUAUUUUUUUUUUAUUUUGAAAUUUAGACAGAAUUUUGAUGGGGAAAGAAAAAACUGGGAACACUUUGUGCAAAGUUUUCACAGUUCCGUCACCCACACCCUCCCCCUGCGAUUUACUGGGAUUUAUUUCAGCAAAGUUCUCUGGCCUGUGAUAUACAAGUCAGAUGAGAUGAUCGCAUCGAGUGACCUUCUGGACUUAGAGUCUCUGACCAUACAAUUUCUGUCCUAUAGAAAUGGUCCAAAACUUUUAAAAUUUUGCAAUUUUGGCAAAAUUUGAUGAAAAAACGGGGAAAAUUUCAAAGAAAUGUUCGCCAUAUUUUUUUUUCCUGUUUCUCUACCAGCUCUAGUGUUUAUUGAUAAAAACAGGGACUUUUAAUAUAGACGUUCUCAUGCAAGUAUAGAAAUCUAGAAACUCCUAAUCUCUCUCACGCUAACUGGGAAAUUCCUGGCAAGAGGUAGGUAUGUUUGGGUGUGUGCGUAUGUGUGCGCACAUGGGGUGUGUGUGUGUAAAUGUAUGUACUCCACAGACACACCUGCAUAUAGUAUCAACAAAGUUUAUUCCUAAUUCUAUCAGAAAUGUACUGUACAGCAAAAGUAACUUUAUUUUCAGCGUGAACCAUAUUUAAGGAAAUGCUUGAUGCACUUAAGUUAUAAGACAAUAAUUUACUUUUAUAAAGGUUAUGUUUAGUUUGCAAAAGCCCAGCGGCCGGGAAGGAACAUUUGAUUCCUUGCAGUCGAGAGGUCGUUGGUGCUUUCCAUCUGCUUGGUUGCUUUUAAAGGUUGGUUAUAAUCCAAAGAGUGUCUGUGUCUGUCAUUGGAGCCUGAUCCUGGGCCCACUGAAAUAAAAGGCAGAAUUUCCAUGGACUUUAAUGGGGCAGGAUCGAGCCCUGUAUCUGCUCUGUUUCCUCUGUGUCUCUGAGUCAAAGCUGCUGGCUUCACUGACCAUCUCAGGAGUUUUCCAUUCCUAGCCCGGUAGAAGCCAAUAAAGCGAUGGAAGAGUGAGAUGGAAUAUGUUCUGCCCCAUGCAUCAUCAGCAAGCGGAUUAGCCCUAGACGACUGCAGACCUGGUGACCAACACGGGAUCCUGAUUCUCCCAGUAAGGACCCAAUCCAAAGCCCAUCAAAGUCAAUGGAAAAGCUCCCACUGGUAUCACUGUGCUUUGAAUCGGGCCCUGGAAGGAGAACGGGGAGUCGUUUUUUAUGAUCUUGGGGAGAUUAUGCAGAUCCUUGUGUGAACAUUUACAGGGGGCUGUAUUUGACCUUGGGCCAACCCUGAUCAGCUAAACUCAAAUGGCAGAAUCUAAGGGCUGGUCUACACUGGGAAUUUACAGCUGCACAGCUAUGCAUAAGUGCUAGAACUAGGGCUGCUGCUGCACUCCCUGGCUUGAAGUGGUUUUCACCAUACCCAGGAUUUACAGUUUGGAUCAAUAGCUCUCAGCCCCCGCACUGUACAAAUUGUUCCAGCCCCCCUCCAGCUACAUCACUCAGGGGUUUGAUAAAUCUUCUCUUGACCUAGCUACUGCCAUAUGGUUUACCUAUGCGGAUGGGAGAACACAGAUAGUGUCUCCACUGAAGCGCUGCAGCUAUGCCACUGUAGCGUUUCAAGUGUAGACAAGCCCUACAUUGCGGCUGCUACUGAGCACAGAUGGGUUUCCAGUACCCUAGCGGGGAGCGCGAGGCCAGCACUUUGGGUUUGUUCAUGCAAAUGCUUAGUUUGCGGCCAGCUGGGGUGUGAAUCUACCCUGCCCUAGCUGCCCGUGCUGAUUCCCUAGUGCAUUUUAAUCUGCUUCAGUUGCAAAGCAGGCUAGAUCAAAAUGCCCUACAGAACGUUUGGUGCUCAGCAGCAGGGUCCAGACAGACACGUAGCUUGCAGCAAGCCCAGGUGUCAAUCUACCCAGCAUUAGCUUGCCGCACCCUAGGUGUUUGCAUAGAUGAGUCGUCCUGAGAAACACGCUCCAUUUGGACCUGAUCCAAAGCCCAUUGACAUCAGAGGCUUUUCGAUCAAGCCCUUCAUCUGGAUCCACAUGAGCUAUUCUUCCUCUUCCGGAAGAGAGAAUACAUAUGGAGCCCCACAUGGUCACUUUUCUGCGUAGACCCACCCUUUAAGCAAUGGGUUACCCUGCUCUUUGCUUCCCCAGUGCAGCACAAAAGCAUGAAGUUUCAAUGUCCCAGUGGUCUUUGGGACAAAUCAAGUGUGGGAGGGCUGCCUGCUUUCCACCCACGUGCUCCACUGAAAGCCAGGCACUUUGGCAGAGUUUUUCUUAGAAUCAAGCCCUGUGCUGAGGCAGGUGCAGACGCGUCCUUAUCCUCAUAUAGUUACUGUGUUGUGUAAUUUUGUGCUGUUGUUAUGGAUAAAUUAUACAAACAACAAAAUGUAAAAUGAAUGAAAAAGUAACUGUGGUGCUGUAGUUUCCGGUCAGUGGCCAUGUUAAAAACCUGACACUGAAUGUAAUGGGGGGCUGAUGGAUGAACAUGACACACCAUCAGAAGU